AUGGCUGAAGACUCUGAAAACCAGUCCAUCACUAGUGAGGACCUCCAAAAACUCAUGUUGGAGGAAAUCAAUGACCCAAUGGUGGCUCAAGUUGAGGCAAAAAUGCAAGCUCGGAUUGAAGCUAAACUUCAAGCACGGUCAGGCAGCAGCGUCAACUCGCGAAGGUACAUUAAUAGGGAUCAUGAAGCUGGCCAUGCAAAAUUAGUUGUUGAAUACUUUGCUGAGAAUCCUUUGUACACUGAGUACCAAUUUCGUAGAAGGUUUCGGAUGAGAAAGCACAUAUUUUUGCAAAUUGUGAACGCAUUAGAAAAUUGGUCCCCGUAUUUUCAGUUAAGGAGAGAUGCAUUUGGUAAGGUGGGUCUUUCACCGCUGCAGAAAUGCACGGCUGCCCUCCGAAUGUUAGCUUAUGGAUCACCAGCAGACCUUAUGGAUGAAGCAUUUGGAAUUGCUGAAACUACAGCUUUAGAGUGUCUAAUCAAGUUUGUUCAAGGUAUUAGACACAUAUAUGGGGAGAAAUAUCUUAGAAGACCUAAUGAUGAGGAUAUCCAACGGUUACUCCAAGUUGGAGAGGCACGAGGGUUUCCAGGGAUGUUGGGAAGUCUAGAUUGCAUGCAUUGGCGAUGGGGAAAUUGCCCAGUUGCAUGGAAGGGACAAUUUACCCGUGGUGACUACAAGGUACCCACUAUCAUGCUCGAAGUUGUUGCCUCCUAUGACCGCUGGAUUUGGCAUGCCUUUUUUGGCACACCUGGUUCCAACAAUGAUCUAAAUGUGUUGAACCAAUCUCCAUUGUUCACACAAGUGCUACAAGGGAGAGCCCCAGAAGUUAAAUUUACAAUUAAUGGUUCAGAGUACAAUAUGGGUUACUACCUAGCUGAUGGAAUUUAUCCUGAGUGGGCAACAUUUGUGAAAACAAUUACUUUACCUCUAACUGAAAAGGACUCACUCUUUGCUCAGCAUCAAGAGGCAGGAAGAAAAGAUGUGGAGUGUGCUUUUGGGAUUCUACAAAAACGAUGGGCCAUUAUACGUCAUCCAGCACGUCUAUGGGAUAGGCAAGAGCUAGAAGAUAUUAUGAUGGCAUGUAUUAUUCUGCAUAAUAUGAUAGUUGAGGAUGAGAGGGACUCCUAUCAGUUGCAUCUAGACACCACAUAUGAAGAGGGUCGAGCUACCCGACCAAUUGAAGGACUAGACCAUGGACCAAUUAAUGGAUUUACUAGAAUUCUAGAGAUCAAUGAUAUGAUUCAUGACAGAGAGACUCAUAAACGACUGCGCGCAGAUCUAGUGUAA